AUGGCGGAUUCCGACCAACAACACAAGCAAGCAUCCUUUGCAGCAAAUUCCUACGACACGGCGCUUUGCAUCAUUCCACCUCAGCAGUGGUGUGAGGAGAUAGACAAGCUCAGGUCGUUGUACGACAAAGCAUACGAAAAAUGGCCUCCACAUAUCAAUCUCAUAUACCCUUUCGUUGCGCCCGAACGUCUUUUGCAAGCAAAGAAAACAAUUGAGUCUCACCUUGACACGAAUUUCGACGGAGCUGCCUCACGUACGAUGGCAUUGGGCGGAGCAGGGCUUUUCAAGCAUCGCAAGGAUACAACUAUCUUCCUUCGGAUCAACAACAUCACGGAAGAUGUUUUGGUAUCAAUGCGUUCGGCAGUGCUGCAAGCGCUCGGCCUGAAAGUCAGCCCUUCGGUUUUCCAUCUCACAGUCGGCCAGGCCCAAGAUAACUCCGUUUCGGCUCGUCAAUUCCUCUUGGAUAAGGUGAACCUCAUGCCGGCUUUCGACUUUGAUGCCGGUUCCCUUGUGAUCCUGAUUCGAGAGAAGCGCGACCAGAAAGCGGACCCCACCAGUCAAAUGCGUUUAUGGGGCAGCAUCAACCUCUCAGGUUCGGACGAAGCGGUUCAUCCUCCCAUGACCGAGUUCUGGACCAACUCAGCUUCAUUAGAAGGAGCACCCUCCGAUGUCAACCUUGUCAAUGAACAUUCGUCGUCCAAUGAACGCCAAGGACAGCCUGGAACUACAUUCGUAUUCAAUCCUCAAGCACAGAACUGGACGCCCGCGGCUGUUUCAUCGGAACUGAGCAGACCGACUACAUUGUCUGUAUCUAGCUACAACGUACUGAUCGAUUCGGAAUACCCACCCUCACGCGAUCGAGACCCGCUUCUAGUCGAGACCAUUCUUGCAGAAUCUGCGCUUGCGGAUGUAGUAGUUUUACAAGAAGUCUCCGAUGGGUUCCUAUCCCAUUUGCUCCAAGUUGUGCAAGUGCGAGAAGCAUUCCCAUAUGCCUCCCACGGACCGCCCAGCCAGCCGGAUAUUGGCCCUCUGCCUAGUCUUCGCAAUAUUGUUAUGCUCAGCAAAUGGCAUUUCAGUUGGGAGUUUGUGCCAUUUCAAAGACGCCACAAAGGCGCGAUCGUAGCCUCAUUCUCUUCUAUACUCGAGAGCGAAUAUUCAAAGGAAGUGCCAUUGGUAGUCGCCGGGGUGCACUUGACUGCUGGAUUGACGGAUGGCUCAGUUGCAGCAAAGAAAAUACAGCUCCAGAAUGUGAUCAGUAUUCUCAAGCGAAAAUACUCUGCCAGCCCCUGGAUUGUCGCGGGUGAUUUCAACCUUCCGACUUCAAGGUACACGAUCGAUGAGGCUGUUAAGGAAAAGUCGAUCUCUAGGGAGACUUCCCACAUCUUGGAAUUGACUGAAUCUACAAUGAGCGAAUCUGGACUCCUGGAUGCAUGGGCUGUUGCUAGAGUAGAAGGUGUCGACAAGACCGCGGCGCUAGAUGCGGAUGGUCUCUUCGAAGGCGAAGAAGGUGCUACGUUUAACCCCCACGAGAAUUCGCUUGCUGCAUAUAUUUCCGGUACCCCAGAAAACCGACCUCAACGUUAUGAUCGCAUCUUUAUGCGUCCUCAAGACAAAUUUGCCUUAACAGGAUUCAUCCAGUUUGGACGACCUGAAAUUGCCAACGGUACUACUUCGGUAGCAAGCGACCAUUACGGGAUACGAGCCACCUUCCAGAUUCAUCCCGAAACAGUACAUCAGAGUCUAGAAGAACGGGACAUACUUCAGCGGCGUGUUGUCUACCACAAACAUGCCCCUCCCCAGCUUUCAAGUACUGCCGUGUUGACAGAGGCCCUCUCUGGAUGCGCGGUGUUUCCUACCCAAGAAGACGAGGAGCGCUACAGACAAGCUUUUGGAAUCAUCAAAGAAGUGCUUCUUGGCAGUGCAGGAGGAGAGUUGAAUACUCCAGAAAUACCUAUGGUCAUUGUUCCAGUGGGAUCUUAUGCGCUUAAUGUCUGGACAGCUGACUCUGACAUCGAUUGUCUUUGCAUUGGGUCCAUCAGUUCAAUGACUUUCUUCCAAUUGGCUCGUCAGCGUAUACUCAAGGCUGAUGUGAAGGGUAUACGCAUACUUCGAAAAGUGGAGGCAAACACCGGGACGAUGCUGGAGCUGUCGGUCAAUGGAGUGAAUAUGGAUUUGCAGUAUUGUCCAGCCGCGAACGUGGUUCACAGGUGGUCUCAAUUUCCGACUCUGUCUGCUACCGACCCGAUCUUUAAUCUUUCUAUCCUAUCGCUACGCAAGCUCAAGCCCAUCCGUGACCUCACAUACCUCCAGCGCACGCUUCCGUCCCUGGCAUCCUUCCGACUAGCCUACCAUUCCAUCAAACGAUGGGCCGUCGAACGGGGAAUCUACUCUGCCAAGUUUGGUUACUUCGGCGGCAUUCACAUCACUCUGAUGCUGUCCUGGGUGUGUAAGCGUCUAGCUCAUGACAUGGGACACGUGAGCGCCGGCGACCUCGUCCUUUCGUUUUUCUACCACUACGCGAACUUUGAUUGGCAGAAUGACAUGGUAUACGAUGCUUUCUUCCACAAGAAAAAGCCACGAUAUCAGCGCAGCGCACGGGAACCGAUGGUCAUCCUGGGAUUCCAUGCCCCGAACUCGAAUAUUGCGCAUACGGCUACCGCUCCAGGACUGCAAGUACUGGUCAACGAACUCAAACAGGCAGAUGCACGCUUGUCAAGUCCUGGUAUGACUUGGGAACAUCUCCUUCAUGUUGAUACACCGGGGUCGAAGCCUGCCAUCGAAAACUUUCUGGAUUCGUUCGAUAGCUACGUCAAGAUCGAUAUCCAGUACUGGGGUCGUACGCUUUCGCGAGGUAAAGGUCUAGUGGGCUGGAUCGAAUCGCGAUGCAUCAGUCUUGUUGUUGAUAUCCACAAAGCUCUGCCGAAGCUCUCUUCCCGCAUCUGGCCUGCUCGUUUCGCCGAGAAUGAGGCGAACGACUCCGACACCUAUUACCACGGCUCUUAUCUCGUCGGCUUAUCUCGAAGCAAUGACGAUACCUUGAUUAGCCAGGAGGAACGUACAGAAGCGAGAGCGGCCUUGCAAAAAGUAUUCGAUCGCUUUCUUACACAAGUGCGCGCGGACGAUAAGUACUACGACGAAAGCUCAGCCUGGAUUGGCGUUGGCUUGGUCAAGCCAGCUGAGGUCAAAGGUUUACGACUUGACGCACGCGAGUGGGGUGAUUACUUGCCCGACCUAGAGCCAGAAUCAGAUGACGAAGAGGAAUUCGAUGAGCUUGAUGAUGACUUGGCACUACCAACUGGGCGGAGGCUCCCAGUGCGUUCUGCGCCUUCAUCAACCAGCACGCCCGUAUCUUCAAACAAACUCCGACCUGCCUCUGACGUCCUCAAUCGGUUACGAUGGGACUCAAAUCUUGAUCCUAGUGACUACAUUGUAGGAUACGAGGACCGAUUCCUGGGUGCGAAGGAGACAACGCUGGAAAGGUGGAAGACGGAGCAGACAGAUGAGGAAUUCAUUCCUCAGCAUCGGAUCUUGUACUUCAAAAGAAAGAGCGAAGAUGGAGGAGAGGUGGUAUGGGAGCGUUCCACAAGAAUCGACAGGAUCUUCGGAAGCGGGAUUGGGAGCGGGGAGUGA